CUCUAUUCAAUCCAUUCAUUUACCACAUUAAACAAUCUCAAUGCUAUGAAUAUUGAAUGCGCACUUGAACUAUUGUCGCUACAAUAACGUUCUUUAAUACUUUCCAGAAAGUCUAGCUGGAUAAUUCAACACCAUGUUAUGAUACUACACACACUAGGUAGUCUUUGUAUCUAUGAGUUUGUGAGAUUAUGAUUUCAGAUUCACGAAUUUAUAUUCGAAUUAGAUAUAAUAACACUGGAGAUCUCAAAUAAUCCACAGCAAUCAUCUUCAUCAUGACUCUCUUACGAAGCUGGCUUGCCCAAAAUAUUGAACAAUCCUUGGAAGAAGCACUGGUUUGGCUGCAAUCAACGCGUACUGCUCAAGAAAAUGCCUGCAAGUCUCACGAACAAUUCUCUUACGAGCAGGAAAGACUCUUUAUCAAGCUUGAAAAGCCCGGAUUGAUUCAUUUAAUUAGUAACAGCAAGGCGCGGGAUUCAAUGCAGUCUAUGAUCGUAUCUGAUGGUACCACCAAGAUCACAGCAAUUUUCGAACAAGACUUUCUCAGUCGCUAUUUGGAGAAGCACAAAAGGACACUGGAGGAGUUUAUUGGAGAAACUCUAGCAGCGGAGAAGUUGCAAUUGCGACCAACCAGGUUAUACCUGAACAUUCUAAGUUUUAAGCCCAAAGGACCGCAAGAUGUUUCUGGCUCGGCACGUGCUGUAGACAUUGGGGGAACCAUUGAUAACAAAUUGGAUGCAAUAAAAGAGUUCCUGAAUGCGGAGAAUCGCGAGAACACUGUUCACCAAAAGUUCGAACUCGAAUCCCAAAAUACUUCAACACCUUCACAGUCUGCUAUGCUUGCGACACAGGUUCCCGCCAGCAUUUCGGAAUCCAGAAGAGGAAAUAGCACUGUUUCUGAUCUGCAUCAACCAAAGCUGUGCACUUCGAAUGUCCUAACAAUUCUUCAGAAUGGUACGACCGUCCAAAUUACAAAUGAUAGUUCUCAUCUCAGUAAGCCGGGACAACCACUUGACUCGGCCGAUAUUACAGGGUCAGCACAACCACUUUCACCAAAAUCAAGUUCUGUUGCCACAAAUUUGGAAAGAGGUGAUGACACGAGACACAUAAACGAUUUACAGGUCCAACAGUCUUCCAGGCCCUCCAUAGAUGAACAAAGAAAUGGUAACAAUAGGAUGCUAGGCGAUGAGACGAAUGCGACCCUCGAGGCUAUGGAAUCUUCCAGCGGGAAAAUCCAUGCUAAUUCUCCAAUUAAUGAAAUUUUGCCAUUUCAGAAAAAUAUCUCGUGUAUUCCACACCCUUAUGGUCGUAUUUCAAAAGAACAGAACGAUUGGUGCCAGCGUCCGGACUCGGUUGCCUCAUUGUCAGAUGAUCGUAAAUCCGUACCAAAUCUACCCCCAGCAAUUCUACAAUCUCAACUAGCUUUUUAUGAGAAAUUGCUGGCUGCACAAGCUUCAGCUAGUCCCAAGAAUCUAGUACAGAGUAGUCAGGCCUCUAAGCCAGACUCGAGCCAGGACACUAUUGAGACGGAAAAUGGGGACGAUUGUAAGGGCAGUCCCGCCGCCCUUGGCCACUCGAAAGGAAUUGAAGAACUAGAAUAUACUCAUGAAGAUCCGCAGUCUAAAUCUGUGUUUGAAGGUGAUGAGAGUCAUCAGUCAGAUAGUGACUCAAGUGAUAUGACUGAAGUUAGUUGCCCUAGUCCAGAACGAAACUCGAAACCUAGACAGGCGUUGGAGGAAAAUUACACCCCCCAUCAAAGGUUAAAUCGACAUUCCACCCCCUCACCAAUAGAACAUAGCGACGAUGAGGAUCAUCAUUUAGAUAGGAAGUUGAGUGAUGCGACGGAAGUUAGUUGCCAUAGUUCAAAUCGCAACUCAAAGCAUAGACAAGUGCUUGGGCAAAACGAUAACGUCGAGCAGAUUACAGAUCGAGAGAAUUCUUUAACGAUUGAGAAUGGUGAUGGAACGCAUAGUUCCGAUAUUUCUGAUGGGCUAGACUCAGAGGCUUGUCAAGAGGCCAUUCCGCAACCUUCUCCCAAUGCCACAGAAAACAGGGCGACUUGUGUUAUUAAGGUUAAGGCACCUACAGUAUCAGUCCAAUACCCAGCUAAUAGUCUUUCGGAUGACGAGGAGCUGGAACUGGAUAUUCCGAAUGUCCUGGGUGACGAAAUUCCGAGGGCAAAUUCGCCUGUUCCUGCUGACGUAGGCAACGGACUCCAGAGUCGCAAAUCGCCUGUAGAUUUUCAGUCACGAUUUUCACAGCGUCAGCUCGAAACUGCGCAACGUAAGUCUGAAGUACAAGUUGAAAAGACUCCGAAUCACAGAAAACGGCCGAAUGCAGUAUUGUCGUCAGACUUUGUGAUUCCUGGAACUUAUGAUAGCCCACAAAACGAAACGGUCGAAGACAGCUUACUUAUCUCUGAAUCCGGGCGAUUUCAGUCACCUAAACUACCGAAAGUACCUCCUCAGAUGAUCGACACAUUCGGUGACACUCCUCGAGACAAAAGCGAGCCAAAGAACUCUAAGGUUCAAUACCCUCGUGAACAGCAGAUAUUAUCAAAGUCCAAUGACCACAUAGCUUAUCCGAGCGUAUCAAGGACUCAGCAUCGCCAAUCUAUACCAAUACCCAAUAUUGAUGGGGCUACUUCUGAUGAUUUGCAAUCUCCUAGUAGGAGCCCUUCCAUAAGCCUUUUACCAUUAAGUCAGAGUUCUCCAGAGCAAGGACAUGAGGGGGAACGUCCUUUCAAACGACAGAAAUUUGCGGGUCCUCUAGUUCUACAACAUGUUCUAGGUUUCAGUCAAGAGGAAAUGCCGUAUAAAGACAGAAACGAAAUGGUAAGAGUCAACAGGCGUGAGAUACGAGAGGUUCUACAAAGGCGAUCACCAGUAGUAGAUCCGGGAAUAAUUAGCAACAAUGUCGAAGGAACACAAGACGUGGCAUUUCUAGAAGAUUCUCAAAAGAGCCACGAUGGAUUUGAGACAGAUCUACAUGAUACAGUGAUCUCUGAUCAGACCUCCACAUCUUACAAAAACUUACCUCCACGUCAAUCAUCUCCCCCUUUCGACGGUCGCAACAUGACCAGAGCUUCGAUUGUACCCGAAAGAACUCGGCCGAGCUCGGGACAUUCCCACCAGUCAAAGCAGCGGCCUUCUUCGCUUUUUGAGAAGUAUUCUCAUACUUACCCACGCUAUAAGGGGAAUAAGAGACAGUUCAUAUGUGCACUUGUAUAUCUGGAAUGGCUUGAGACCCCCACCAGACAACCUCAGACAUCACUAUGGGAUGAUUUUGUUUGGUUCUAUACUCUAUACAUGGACCAUGUCCUCAAUAGUAGGAACAGAUUGAGUGGAAUUAGAUUCUACAAUGAAUUGGGGAUUUCUGAUCCCUAUUUUACUCACUUCGAUAAAACAACAGGACCAAUAAUCACUGCAGAAAGUCUCAAAGCUGCUUUAUCGCCCGAAUCCCCAGAUUAUGGUAUUAUCGAAGACUUGCGUCAAAAAUACAGGAGCACUGCCUCGCAACCGUUAAUCAGUCCCGGGAGCAUCAGAGCAAACUCGGUGAGGCAACAAUCUAGUGAGCUCAUUACUUUUGCCAAUUCCGAUGCCCCUUUACCGUCAGGAGCCCCCGCUCAUCUUGAAAAACUUGCCUUACGAAAAUCCUCGAGAAGUUCGGAUCGAUCGCUAUCAUCAAAAAUUACAGAGCUCACGCCAUCGAGGCAAAGUAAGAAGCGGACUCAUUCAAAAACAACAGUUUUGAGGGGCUCCGCGAGGAACGGAGCCCCAGAAGACUUUUUACUGCCAUCUAAAGCGUCAGUAUCACAAUCAAAUUCAUCCAAAAUGCCAAAGACAAAUGCGGCACCAUCAAGGGGUUCAAAAGAGCCUGGAAAAGCCCCAAGAAGGUUUUUUGAAACCCCAAGCCAAUUGCUAUUCUCAUCAGAUAUGGGAUCGUCGCCCCCUAAUAGUUCCCCAUCUCUCCGAAAUGUGGCAUCACCACGGAGUUUGCGGAAGACACCGGAUGGUCCACCAUCAGUACAAGCAAACGCUUGUGGGUUGGCAAGCCCGAUUCAACGAGAGGCUCCACGUAUUUUGUGUGAAAUGGGUUCCUCGAGAGAGCGCAGACCGCAAGAACGUUUAUCAAAAUCCUCACGUGAAAGAUCAAUAUCUCCACCGCCAGCACGGGCGACCUUGUACAAUACGCUAGCUUCGAAUAAACCAAAAAUGGUUGAUGUCAGCCUUGAAAAUCAAGAAUCGCAGGCGAACCUUGAAAAAUCAACCAAGUUCCCAUCGACCGCAUCGACCUUCAGUGGUAAAUGGGAAUUUGGCAAGUAUCUCGCGCAAAGACGAAGGGAGAGCGCCGUUCGUCGUUCAAGAUUGACACCGAGAACUAGUUUCGGCAUGAAGCCAAGAUCUAGCAGUGACAAUAAAGGCUAG